AUGAGUGAAGAAGUAGCUUUAGACGAAUUUAUUGAAGAAGACAAGAAAAACUAAAAAAAGAGCGAUAAAAAUAAUAAUAACAAGGGCUUUAAGAGAAACUAUAACAAUAAUAACAACAAUAACAACAAUAACAACAACAAUAAUGGCAAUAAAUUCAUUAAAAGAACAAACAAUAAGCCCAAUAUUCAUAAUAAUAAUAACAACAACAAUAAUAGAAAUAAUAACUACCGCAACAAUAAGGAAGACAGAUAUGAAAAAAACGACAAUAAAGAUAGAUAUCAUUAAGUUAAGAAGAUUUCAAAGCCUAUAUCAAAGGGAAGAAAAGAUGACAAUCAUAAUGAUUCUCAUUUCGGCCAAGGUUCUAAUUCACAAAAUCCUCCAAGACAGUUAACAAUAAAUGCCGGUAAGAAAGUGACCAUUCCUAAGAAACUCUACACAGUAAAGGUUAAGAAUCUUCCUUCUAGCAUUAAUUCUCAUGAAAUAUAUGAACUUGCCUCUGAUAAAGAAUAAGUUAAAGUUGACUCAAUUACUACCACAUUUAAUUGCAACUCUGACUCUAAAUUAAUAGAAGCUGAAAUAUCAUAUUACUAGCUUAGUGAUGCACAAACCUUUGUUCAAAAUUAUAAUGAAGCCACAUUAGAAAAUUAAGAAUUGGAGGUUUUAUUAAUUAACUGA